AUGAUGGCAGCUGACAUAAUUGUCAUUGUCGCAGUAUGUGCAGUUGGUAUUUUUGGAAAUACUCUUGUGAUCAUUACAAUAUUAAAACCAAAGAUUCUUUUAAAGAAGAACUACUAUUUUCUUGUCUUGGUAGGCCUAAAUCGUUUCUUUCUAAUAAGUGGAGUAUCUAUGAUGUUGAUAAUUUCAGUUCUACGAUAUCGUGCGAUAGUUCAUCCAUUAAAACUUUCCUUCAGUCGAAGAAAGAUAAAAAUUGCUUGUGGCUUAGUGUACAUCAUUGGUUUGGUUGCGAAAGUUGGAACAAUAAUUCUCAAGUGCGUUGGGGAUCCUGAACGUCGUUAUUACAUUUACGAUUUUAGUGGAGAUGUUUAA